AUGCGCCUGCUUAAAGUUGGCUCGCAGGGAGAGCUGCUGUUUACUAAAGAUCUUAUUCACGGAAAGGACGAAAUUCCUCCCUAUGCCAUCCUAUCGCACACAUGGGGCAGUGACCCCGAUGAUGAGGUGACUUUCAAAGACCUCAAGAAGCAGAGAGGCAUACAGAAAGCAAGCUAUGAGAAGAUUUUGUUCUGUGCAGAACAGGCAAAAUGCGACGACUUGAACCACUUCUGGGUCGACACUUGUUGCAUCGACAAAACUAAUGCAGUCGAACUCACGGAAUCCAUCAAUUCCAUGUUCCGGUGGUAUCAGCAAGCCGAGAGGUGUUAUGCGUUCCUUUCCGAUGUAUCAUGCAGCCGUGAACAGGACAAUCAUUCAUCACAGUUGGCCUGGCAGCAACAGUUCAAAAGCAGUAGAUGGUUCACAAGGGGCUGGACGUUGCAAGAGCUGAUUGCCCCUUCCGUUGUCCAGUUCUUCUCCUCAGACAAACGAUUCCUCGGUGAUAAGAAUUCACUUCGACAAGAAAUUCAUGAGGUGACAGGAAUUCCCAUCGGUGCCCUAUUACAAACCCCACUGUCGUCCUUUAGCGUGGAUGAAAGAAUCUCUUGGGCGACAUCUCGAACGACGUCGAAGAUGGAAGACAAGGCAUACUCUUUGCUUGGCAUCCUUUCUAUAUCUAUGCCGGUUAUAUAUGGUGAAGGCGAACGAGAAGCAUUCAAUCGACUUCGCAUCGAAAUUUCGAGGCGCUCGGUCUUGAAGAUGGAAUGCGAUGAGGUCAUCGGGCAGAGCCGAACCGGAAUUCUCGGUCCCUCCAUCCUGGCACAAGUUCUUGCCAGACUUCCUGUAGCUAAAGGGGCUGCUUUCGACUCCUAUUCAAGCCAGCAUGAUCCUCUGUGCCAUCCGGACACCCGAACAAAGGUGAUACAAGAUAUCUCGGAGUGGGCUCGCGACACUCAAUCAAAACCAAUUUAUUGGCUGAAUGGGAUGGCUGGGACCGGGAAAUCGACUAUAUUACGCACUCUGGCCGACUUAUUCUCAAGGAACCAUCACUUGGGAGCCACGUUCUUUUUCAGGAGAGGUCAAAGCGACCGUACUGACAUGGGGAAAUUUUUCACCACGCUUGCCAGUCAUCUAGCUCAGAAUCUGCCCGGAAUGGCUUUUCAUAUCAAAGCCGCUCUAGACGAAGAUCCUGAAAUCACAUCAAAAGCUAUGCGACAGCAGUUUGAAAGAUUGAUUCUUGAUCCCUGUUCUGAACUCCCCGCCGAUUUUAGUCCUGGUCGGACUAGCUUGGUCAUCAUUGACGCACUUGAUGAAUGUGAACGAGUGGAGGACGUUCGUGUCUUGAUUCGUCUUCUGUCGACUAUAAAUUCAUCUCGGGGACUCCGCCUCAAAUUCUUCUUAACAAGCCGGCCGGAGUUACCUAUCCGUUUGGGAUUCAAAGCUGCUCAUGGUACAUAUCAGACCCUUGUUCUGCAUGACAUUGACCAUUCGGCUAUCAAGAACGACAUAGCCACAUACUUGAAGCAUGAACUUUGCGAAAUUCGGAAACAUUUCAACAAGAAUGCUGAUCAGGAUGAUCAAUUAUCAAGGGAUUGGCCUCGCAGUUCAGAUCUGGAGAUCUUAGUACAAAUGGCCAUUCCACUGUUUAUCUCUGCAGCAACAAUCAGCCGAUUUAUUGCAGAUGGACGAGUGGGAAGCCCUGACAACCAACUCAGAGAGGUAUUGAAGCACCAAAGGCGAAGCCAAGAGUCUCAUUUAGACACGGUAUACCUUCCUGUUCUCCACCAGAUGGUGACUGGCCUCAAUCCGAUGGCUCGCGAGCGGGUUUUAAUUCGCUUUCACAAAGUAGUUGGAUCAAUUGUGACUCUUGCUAGCCCCUUGUCGCCAAUUGCGCUGGCUGAACUCCUCUGUCUAUCCUUAUCUGAGAUCACUACAGCACUCCAAACGCUACAUUCAGUUCUCAAUGUACCCUCUACGCAUGAUCAGGUUAUACAGCCGCUGCAUUCAUCAUUUCGUGACUUCUUAGUUAACGCUGAGAGGCGACGAGAGUCCUUCUGGAUUGAUGAAAAGGAAGUGAAUCGACACCUCGCCACCCAGUGUCUGCGUGUCCUGAACACUUCCUUGAAGAAUGAUAUAGCUAAUGUCAGAGCUCCCGAUGCCGAGGCAUUCCCUACCCUGUCAGUGCGGCUAUCAUCCGAAGUACAGUAUGCUUGUCGCUACUGGACAUUGCAUCUUUGCGAGUCUGCGUAUAUCGGCCGCGAAGAAGAGGCGAUUUUGCGGGAAUUCCUGUCUUCACACUUUCUCCAGUGGUUGGAGGCAAUGAGCUGGAUGCGCAGGUAUUGGGAGAGUAGGCAUAUGUUUAGGGCGUUACGAUCAGUCAUCACGUCACACAACUUCGAAUGGACUGCCGAUCUCGUAGAAGAAUGUAUCGAGUUCAUCGAAGAUAUGGGACCAGGUAUCGAAGUUGCACCUCUACAAGUCUACUCGUCUGCACUCGUAUUUUCACCUUAUAGGAGCAUUCGCGAGUUAUAUCAGAAAGAGUGUCCAAGUUGGGUUGAGCUGAAACCUAGAUCUUCAACCUACUGGAGUGAAGGGAAGAGUAUUCUUGACAAGCACAUACAUGGAGUCCGCCUAAUGGACUUUUCUUCAGAUGGUAUGCAACUAGCCUCGGUCGGAUCCGAUGAUAGUAUAGUCAUCUGGUCAGUCGCCACAGGUCAUCAGGUUGCGAUACUCAAUGACCCAAUUCAAACGGUUUCGACCUAUAUGGUGAAGUUUUCGCCAGACGGCAAAGAAAUAGCGCUGGCAUCGGAAAAGGGAACCAUAACUAUCUGGUCAACCACGACAGGUUCACAGAAAGUACGGAUUGAAGGACACGGACAUUAUAUCAGCUCGAUCGCCUUCUCACCCGAUGGCGAAAAGAUACUCUCAACGUCCUUGGACGAGAGCAUAAUCAUUUGGUCAACCAUGACGGGCGAACGCCAAGGCACAAUUACAGGACUUGUGGAUGUUGGCUCGGCUACGUUUUCAUUAGACGGCAAGCGAGUAAUGUUCAAAUCGAGUCAAGUGACGCACAUUUGGUUUUUUGAAACCAACAGCAAGUGUCCUCUGGUUCGUUCCGGACAGAAGCUUUCUGCAUCGUACGAGGCCGACUUGCUCUCGAGUCAAGAGACAAUCUAUGCAAUUCCUAGCCGGAGUGAUUCUUCGAACGGCUUCUGUCUCGCCAGAUUUCAUCGAGAUAUAAAGUAUAGUUGCUAA